GACAUUCCCUCAUACCCAGGUGGUCUUGACAGAAAGUAUCAUGUGUUCAUAUCUCAAUUUACUUUGCAGGAACACCAGUGGAACAUUCUCAAGCAUGGUUCCAUCCACCCCAGCCUGGAGCACUGACAACACAACAAUGAAUGGAAGUUACUACACUGCAAGCUCACACUGUGUCACCGUGUACAAAAUCUUCAGUAUUCUUACUGUCAUCAUUUGCAUGGUUGGCCUGGCAGGAAAUGCCAUAGUGUUGUGGCUGCUAGUCUUCCAUGUGCACAGGAAUGCCUUCUCUGUCUAUGUCCUCAACCUUGCUGGGGCUGACGUCCUCUACCUUUGCACUCAGAUUGUGUUUUUCCUGAGACAAAUCCUUUUUCUGUUUCAUAACAGCUACUUUCAUAUUCCAUUCUAUCUCACCACUAUAUCCAUGGUUGCUUACCUUGCAGGGUUGUGUAUGAUUGCAGCCAUCAGUGUUGAGAGAUGUCUGUCUGUUUUGUGUCCCAUCUGGUAUCACUGCCAGAGACCAAGACAUACAUCAACUGUCCUGUGUGCCCUGCUCUGGGCCUUCUCUGUACUGUUAAGCUUCCUGUUAUGGUUGGGUUGCAGUUCACUGGUUAGUGACUAUGUAUAUUCUUUUUGUGACACUGCUAUUUUUAUCGCUAUUGUACUUAUAAUAGUAAUAUCUGUUGUUCUUUGUGGAUCCAGCCUGGCCCUGUUGGUCAAGAUCUUCUGUGGCUCACAGAGGAUUCCUGUGACUAGGUUGUAUGUGACCAUUGCCCUCACAGUGCUGGUCUUCUUACUCUUUGGUCUGCCCUUUGGUACCUAUUGGAUACUUCUCAUUUUGAAUGAGAUGUUACCUAGAGUUUUCUCUUGCAAUAGUUAUGCAAUGACAGUUUUCCUAUCCUGUGUUAACAGCUGUGCCAACCCCAUCAUUUACUUCCUUGUUGGCUCCAUUAGACAUUGCAGGUUCCAGAAGCAGUCUCUGAAGAUGCUUCUGCAGAGAGCCAUGCAAGACACUCCUGAAGAACAUGGAGAGUAG